CCUUCCUGUCCUUUGCAUCACCUUCAUUUCGGACGUCCUGGCCAAUGUCGCUAACAGUAUACCCGCACCGUCGACAAUGCCAUCAGCAGAGUACACCAUCACAAUGGCCCCAACCUGCAGCCAAAUCUCCGCCAUGCCUUUCGAGAAGGGAGAAGGACGUCGCGUUCGCCAGCCCCGAUGAAGGCUCGCUUCGUGAUCUCAUAGUGAAAAACCCUAGGCUUCGUCUCUUUGUCAAACCCAAAUGCUGGACUCACUUCCACCUCGACUAUCUUGGUGUAAGAUUCAAUGACCUUACUCCAUGCGACAAUCCGGCCCCUCCUACAUCAUCACAAGACACGUCUCCCAGUUACCACAGGGUACCAACCAAAUCGGCGCUAGAUCUGAGCAACGCUCUCACCAACAUGCUGGGGGGGGAAACAGAAGAACAACGCACAAAAUGGAUUCGGACCGCCAUGUCCCAGCUCUACCGUGGUCAGCUUUCCUGCUCCAAGACUACUGGCCUCCAUCACUACUUUGGCCAUCGUGCCUAUCUCAAUUCCUGUCAGGCGCAGGUGAUUUGGGAGGCAACACCAUCGCGCAGCCAUUGCAUCACCUCGCGCGAAUCGACACCAGCAAGGACCGCGGGGACUUCCGGUGUUUUUACACGUCCCAAAGCUGGCAGAGUCAUUACAAGCAGCCAGCCAAUCCUCGCCUAUGUCGACACAAGAGCAGUUGAUGCAGCACGGCGCAACACGUCCAGGGUCGAGAGACACCACACGUCAGUCCAGGAACUGAAUGAGCAAUGCUGCAAGACUUACGCCCCUCUCAACGCACUCCAAGGCCCGUUUCUGGCUGGCGUCAUACUCGCUCUAGCGCAGAGGCCCUUUUAUGACGAGCCCAUGCCGCCCGCUACCAAGUCACAUAACUCAAUAACUAUAUCCUCUUUAGGCGUGGUAACGGAGGCGCUGCUGCGCAAGUUUUACCACCCGACCGAGAACCCCCAGCCGACGGGAGAGGCUGACGGAAUGCGUAUUGAGUACACAAGAGUGCCUAUCUGGCCGAUUUUGGGACUCGAAGAGCGCUUGGGCAAAGCUCUCGGUAGGGACAUCACAUGGAAUUUUAGCAAAGACAACAUGAAGACGUGGUUUGUGGAUGUUGAAUCAAACAACGGCCGGAACAAGCGACCAAACGAUGGCGACGUGCAAAACUGGAGAGAUGACGGAAGCCACCGCCGCAAGAAGCAGGCGAAAAGUACCAAAGCCCUGUUUGCUAACGAACGUCCUGUUAUUUGAGGUUAACAGCGUAGUAACCAUUUGAGACAGAGUGAUGGUGGUCGUAGGUUGAGUAAUAGACUAGGUGAUGGAACAGCAUUGGCAUAGCCGUACGCAACAGGUCAUUGAGGACAUCGGGCAUGGCGUACGGACUCUACGCAUGCACGCUCAAACCAGACUCCUCACGUGACAAUACUGACCUCUUAUGAUAACGUGGCUAGAAGAGGGUUUUACGUACGUAUCUAGAUCUUAGGACGAUCAUUACCGAAGAAUAGAAUCAUUGAUCACCCCC